AUGUCCCGCACAGUAUUCACAGCCGUCUUCCUCGCCAACUUCUACCUCGCCAAGGUCGCCAUCAACGACCUCGGCAACGCCAACGGCCUCAAUGACGUCGUCGCGAAGAACCUCGAGGCCGAGCCCAUCACCUUCACCACCGUGAGGCAGCUCGACAGCCUGCUCACCAUGCUGGUGCGCUUCUUCCAGCCCAUCGUCCAGGGCACCGACCUUCCCUUGACGCUCUUCUCCAUCUUCAUGGCUGGGCAGCUUCUGGCGGUGCACAUGCUCAUCAUCGUCGAGGGCAUGCGGGCUGGGAACCGCGGCAAGAUUGUUUCUUACACCACCGCCUGGGGCAUGCUCUGGCAACUCAUAACCUUCGGCGUCACCCUCCCCCUCUACUUCCUCGCCUGGCUCUGGACCUCCGAGAUCCCCUCCGCCACAAGCGCCUUCUCCUUCGUCGACGCCAUCUCCAUCCCUCCCGCCGACGGCGAGACCGUCACAACCGCCUGGUCCCUCGGCGUCCUCCUCCCCAGCAUCCUCGCCGGCCUGCCCCGCACACAGUUCUUCUCCCCCUACUUCCGAGAAGCCGCCCUCGCAAUCUGGCAGGCCUUCCCCCUCUGGACCGGCAUCCUCCAAGCCAUCCUGCCCAAACUGACCACUGCCCCGGAAGCCCGCUACGAGACCGCAGAGACGAAAAUCGCCCGCUUCAGCAGGAUUUACACCUUCACCCUCGCCCUCGCGACGGCGUGCCACUACGGCGUCGUGGGCUACGUCGUGCUGAAAUCCGAGUCCGCGGCGGGCGUGGCCCCGCUGGAGAUGCUGGGGCAGAUCCUGCGCCCGACGUGGCCGUGGAGCACCGCGCCCAUGGCGAGUUUGGAGAAGGGGAUUCUGGCGCUGUUGCAGUGGGAUAUGUACUGCGCGUCGCUGGCGACGUGGAGUUGGCUUGCGUAUAUGGCGUAUGCGAGGGCCGGGGUGGGACAGGUUGUGAUGGAUCUGGGGAAGGCGGUCAUGUGGAGUUGUGUGGUUGGGCCUGGGGGUGCGGCGUUGGCUGUUGUUUGGGGGAGGGAUGUGGCGGCUUUGAGGGAUGCUGCGGGUAAGAAGAAAACGGGUUGA